GCCGGAGCGGGAGCCGGAGCGGGAGCCGGCGGGCCGGGGGCGCGGGCUGGGGGCGCGGGCCGGGGGCGGCGGGGCUCCAGCAGGGGCCGAUCGCCGCGCCGGGUCCGCUGUGACCGCACCGCCCGGGCGAUGCCCGCGGGGACGCCGCCGGCAGCCGGAGCGAGGUGAGACACGGUGCUGCCAGCCGCUACAAUGACCGAGGGCGUGCAGGCGGUCGACGAGGUCCGCGUGCCCCUGGGCGCGCCAGCCCCGGGCCCGGCGGCAGCGGCGUCCCCGGCGAGCCCUGGGGCCCCGGGGCCAGAGGCGGAGCGGGGGUCGGGGCCCAGUGCGUCGCCCCCCGAGAGUCCGGCGGCCGAGCGCGGCGCGGAGCUGGGCGCCGACGAGGAGCAGCCCGUCCCGUACCCGGCGCUGGCGGCCACCGUCUUCUUCUGUCUCGGGCAGACCACGCGGCCGCGCAGCUGGUGUCUCCGGCUGGUCUGUAACCCGUGGUUCGAGCACGUCAGCAUGCUGGUCAUCAUGCUCAACUGCGUGACCCUGGGCAUGUUCCGGCCCUGCGAGGACGUCGAGUGCCGCUCCGAGCGCUGCGGCAUCCUGGAGGCCUUUGACGACUUCAUCUUCGCCUUCUUCGCGGUGGAGAUGGUCAUCAAGAUGAUCGCCCUGGGGCUGUUUGGGCAGAAGUGCUACCUGGGAGACACGUGGAACAGGCUGGACUUCUUCAUCGUCAUGGCGGGUAUGAUGGAGUACUCCUUGGACGGACACAACGUGAGCCUCUCGGCCAUCCGAACUGUGCGCGUGCUGCGGCCCCUUCGUGCCAUCAACCGUGUGCCCAGCAUGCGGAUCCUGGUCACGCUGCUGCUGGACACACUGCCCAUGCUCGGCAACGUCCUCCUGCUCUGCUUCUUUGUCUUCUUCAUCUUCGGCAUCGUGGGCGUCCAGCUUUGGGCCGGCCUGCUGCGCAACCGCUGCUUCCUGGACAGCACCUUCGCCAGGAACAGCAAUCUCAGCUUCCUGCGGCCGUACUACCAGCCAGAUGAGGGCGAGGAAAACCCGUUCAUCUGCUCCUCUCGUCGGGACAACGGCAUGCAGAAGUGCUCGCACAUCCCCAGCCGCCGCGAGCUGCGCGUGGAGUGCACUCUGGGUUGGGAGGCCUACGGGCAGCCGCAGGCCGAGGGCGCCGGUGGCACGGGUCACCACACCUGCAUCAACUGGAACCAGUACUACAACGUGUGCCGUUCGGGCGACUCCAACCCGCACAACGGGGCCAUCAGCUUCGACAAUAUUGGCUACGCCUGGAUCGCCAUCUUCCAGGUGAUCACGCUGGAGGGCUGGGUGGACAUCAUGUACUACGUCAUGGACGCCCACUCCUUCUACAACUUCAUCUACUUCAUCUUGCUCAUCAUCGUGGGUUCCUUCUUCAUGAUCAACCUGUGCCUGGUGGUCAUCGCCACGCAGUUCUCAGAGACGAAGCAGCGGGAGAACCAGCUGAUGCGGGAGCAGCGGGCUCGCUACCUGUCCAACGACAGCACGCUGGCCAGCUUCUCCGAGCCGGGCAGCUGCUACGAGGAGCUCCUCCGGUACGUGGGCCACGUGUGCCGGAAGCUAAAGCGCCGGGGCCUGCGCCUCUACGCCCGCUGGCAGAGCCGCUGGCGCAAGAAGGCGGACCCCGGCGGCGCCGUGCGCGGCCGGGACUCAGGGCGGCGGCCGCGGCGGGCGGGCGGGCGCACCGCCUCCGUCCACCACCUCGUGUACCACCACCACCACCACCACCACCACCACUACCACUUCAGCCACGGCAGCCCCCGCCGACCAGGCCCCGAGCCGGGGGCUGGUGACGCCAGGCUGGUGCGGGCCGGCGGGCCGGCCUCGCCCGGGCGCGGGCCCCCUGACGCCGAGUCGGUGCACAGCGUGUACCACGCCGACUGCCACGUGGAGGGGCCGCAGGAGAGGGCCCGCGUGGCGCACGCCGCAGCCACCGCUGCCGCCGGGCUCAAGCUGGCCGCGGGGCUGGGAGCCAUGAACUACCCCACCAUCCUGCCCUCGGCCACAGGCACUGGCAAAGGCGGCCUCGGGCCCAAGGGGAAGCGGCCUGGUGGCCCCCCGGGAGCUGGGGGGCACAGCCCCCUGAGGCUGAGCAGCCCGGAUCCCUGCGAGAAGAUCCAGCACCUGGUCGGGGAGCAUGGACUGGGCCAGACCCCCAGCCGCCUGUCGGGCCUGAGUGUGCCGUGCCCGCUGCCCAGCCCCCAGGCAGGCACGCUGACCUGUGAGCUGAGCAGCUGCCCGUACUGCACCAGCGCCCUGGAGGACCCCGAGCUGGAGUUCAGCGACUCGGGCAGUGGAGACUCAGACAGCAACGGGGUCUACGAGUUCACGCAGGACGUGCGGCACGGGGACCACCGCGACCCCAUGCAGUCGCCCCCCGAGGCGGAGGCACCAGGCGCGGGCGGCACACGGCGGAGGGGGCCACGGCGGGCGGCGGCGGGCGAGCAGGGCGGGCUGGGCCGCAUCUGGGCCUCCUUCAGUGGCAAGCUGCGCCGCAUCGUGGACAGCAAGUAUUUCAACCGGGGCAUCAUGGUGGCCAUCCUCACCAACACGCUGAGCAUGGGCGUCGAGUACCACGAGCAGCCUGACGAGCUGACCAACGCCCUGGAGAUCAGCAACAUUGUGUUCACAAGCAUGUUUGCCUUGGAGAUGCUGUUGAAGCUGCUGGCCUGCGGCCCACUGGGCUACAUCCGGAACCCUUACAACAUCUUUGACGGCAUCAUCGUGGUCAUCAGCGUGUGGGAGAUCAUCGGGCAAGCGGACGGCGGGCUGUCGGUGCUGCGCACCUUCCGGCUGCUGCGGGUGCUCAAGCUGGUGCGCUUCAUGCCCGCUCUGCGGCGCCAGCUGGUGGUGCUCAUGAAGACCAUGGACAACGUGGCCACUUUCUGCAUGCUGCUCAUGCUUUUCAUCUUCAUCUUCAGCAUUCUUGGCAUGCAUCUCUUCGGCUGCAAAUUCAGCCUGAAAACAGAUACCGGAGACACAGUCCCCGACCGAAAGAACUUUGAUUCCCUGCUAUGGGCCAUUGUCACGGUGUUCCAGAUCCUCACCCAGGAGGACUGGAACGUCGUCCUGUACAAUGGCAUGGCCUCCACGUCCUCCUGGGCCGCCCUGUACUUCGUGGCCCUCAUGACCUUUGGCAACUAUGUGCUCUUCAACCUGCUGGUGGCCAUCCUGGUGGAGGGUUUCCAGGCCGAGGGCGAUGCCACCAGGUCCGACACAGAUGAAGACAAGACAUCCACCCACUUGGAGGAAGACUUGGACAAGUUCCGAGACCUCAGGGCCACAGAGAUGAAGAUGUACUCGCUGGCGGUGACACCCAACGGGCACCUGGAGGGCCGGGGCAGCCUGCCCCCUCCCCUUAUCAUGCGCACGGCAGCCACGCCCAUGCCCACCCCCAAGAGCUCCCCACACCUGGACGCGGCCCCUGGGCCCCUGGACUCGCGCCGUGGCAGCAGCAGCUCCAUGGACCCUCAGCUAGGGGACCAGAAAUCUCUGUCUAGCCUCCGAAGCUCGCCCUGUGCCCCCUGGGGCCCCAACAGUGCCUGGAGCAGCCGGCGCUCCAGCUGGAACAGCCUGGGCCGCGCACCCAGCCUCAAGCGCAGGAGCCAGUGUGGGGAGCGAGAGUCGCUGCUCUCCGGUGAGGGCAGGGGCAGCGGCAGCACUGACGAGGAAGCUGAGGACGGCCGGCCCGGGGCGGGGGCCUCGCCGGGCACACGGGCCACGCCGCUGCGGCGCGCCGAGUCCCUGGACCACCGCAGCACGCUGGAUCUGCGGCCCCCACGGCCAGCCACCCUGCUGCCCACCAAGACCCACGACUGCAACGGGCAGGUGCUGGCCCUGCCCAGCGAGUUCUUCCUGCGCAUCGACAGCCACAAGGAGGAUCCGGCCGAGUUUGACGACGACGUGGAGGACAGCUGCUGCUUACGGCUGCAGAAGGUGCUGGAGCCGCACAAGCCAGAGUGCUGCCGGAGCCGUGAGCCCUGGGCCCUGUAUCUCUUCUCCCCGCAGAACAGGUUCCGUGUCUCCUGCCAAAAGAUCAUUGCUCACAAGAUGUUCGAUCACGUCGUCCUCGUCUUCAUCUUCCUCAACUGCAUCACCAUUGCCCUGGAGAGGCCCGACAUUGACCCGGGCAGCACCGAGCGCGUUUUCCUCAGCGUCUCCAACUACAUCUUCACAGCGAUCUUCGUGGUGGAGAUGAUGGUGAAGGUGGUGGCCCUGGGCCUCGUCUCGGGUGAGCACGCCUACCUGCAGAGCAGCUGGAACAUACUGGACGGGGUGCUGGUCCUGGUGUCCUUGGUGGACAUCGUCGUGGCCAUGGCCUCGGCUGGCGGCGCCAAGAUCCUGGGCAUCCUGCGUGUGCUGCGCCUGCUGCGGACCCUGCGGCCUCUGAGGGUCAUCAGCCGUGCGCCGGGCCUCAAACUGGUGGUGGAGACUCUGAUAUCGUCCCUCAGGCCCAUCGGGAACAUCGUCCUCAUCUGCUGUGCCUUCUUCAUCAUCUUCGGCAUCCUCGGGGUGCAGCUCUUCAAGGGGAAGUUUUACUACUGCGAGGGCGCCGACACCAGGAACAUUUCCACCAAGGCCGAGUGCAGGGCCGCACACUACCGUUGGGUGCGACGCAAGUACAACUUCGACAACCUGGGCCAGGCGCUGAUGUCGCUGUUCGUGCUCUCGUCCAAGGACGGCUGGGUGAACAUCAUGUACGACGGGCUGGACGCCGUGGGCGUGGACCAGCAGCCCGUGCCCAACCACAACCCAUGGAUGCUGCUCUACUUCAUCUCCUUCCUGCUCAUCGUCAGCUUCUUCGUGCUCAACAUGUUCGUGGGCGUCGUGGUGGAGAACUUCCACAAGUGCCGGCAGCACCAGGAGGCCGAGGAGGCGCGGCGGCGCGAGGAGAAGCGGCAGCGUCGCCUGGAGAGGAAGCGCAGGAGCACUUUCCCCAACCCAGAGGCCCAGCGCCGGCCCUACUAUGCAGACUACUCGCCCACCCGCCGCUCCAUCCACACUCUGUGCACCAGCCACUACCUGGACCUCUUCAUCACCUUCAUCAUCGGCGUCAACGUCAUCACCAUGUCCAUGGAGCACUACAACCAGCCCAAGGCUCUGGACGAGGCCCUCAAGUACUGCAAUUACGUGUUCACCAUCGUCUUUGUCGUGGAGGCCGUGCUGAAGUUGGUGGCCUUUGGGUUUCGGAGGUUCUUCAAGGACAGGUGGAACCAGCUGGACCUGGCCAUCGUCCUGCUGUCCAUCAUGGGCAUCACGCUGGAGGAGAUCGAGAUGAACGCAGCACUGCCCAUCAACCCCACCAUCAUCCGAAUCAUGCGUGUCCUCCGCAUCGCCCGCGUCCUGAAGCUGCUCAAGAUGGCCACGGGCAUGCGGGCCCUGCUGGACACGGUGGUCCAGGCACUGCCCCAGGUAGGGAACCUCGGCCUGCUUUUCAUGCUCCUGUUUUUUAUCUAUGCUGCCCUGGGAGUGGAGCUGUUCGGGAGGCUCGAAUGCAGUGAGGACAACCCCUGCGAGGGCCUGAGCAGACACGCCACCUUCUCUAACUUCGGCAUGGCCUUCCUCACGCUGUUCCGCGUGUCCACCGGGGACAACUGGAAUGGGAUCAUGAAGGACACGCUACGCGAGUGCGCCCGCGAGGACAAGCACUGCCUCACCUACUUGCCGGCCAUCUCGCCCAUCUACUUCGUCACCUUCGUGCUGGUGGCCCAGUUCGUGCUGGUCAACGUGGUGGUGGCCGUGCUCAUGAAGCACCUGGAGGAGAGCAACAAGGAGGCCCGCGAGGACGCCGAGCUGGACGCGGAGCUCGAGAUGGAGAUGGCGCAGGGGUCCCCCGCCCGGCCCAGGCCCGCGGCCCCGCAGAGCCCCGGCGCCUCGCCGGACUCCCCCAAUGUGCUGGUCGUGCGCAAGGUGUCGGUGUCCAGGAUGCUCUCGCUGCCCAACGACAGCUACAUGUUCCGGCCCGUGGUGCCUGCGGCAGCCGCUCACCCCCACCCGCUACAGGAGGUGGAGAUGGAGACCUACGCGGGCGCUUCGGGCCGGGUCACCACCGCCCACUCGCCGCCUGUGGAGUCCUGCGCCUCCCUCCAGGUCCCUUCUGCUGUGUCCUCCCCGGCCAGGGGUGGCGACACCCUCUGUGCCCUGCCCCCUCGGGGUGCAGCCCGCUUGCCUAGUGUCGGCCGGCUGCUCUGCAGACAGGAGGCCGUUCGCACGGAGUCCCUGGAAGGGCAGGUUGAUGGCACCGGGGCCAGCAGCCCAUACUGGGGAGAGUCCGGCGGGAAAACCCCCGUGAGGCAGGCAUCCCUGGGGCCUUCCAUGCGGUCCCCGCCCCGGUCCCCGCGGCCCGCCAGCAUCCGCACCCGCAAGCACACUUCUGGACAGCAUUGCCUCUCCAGCCGGCCGCCGGCCCCAGGCGGGGAGGAGGCCGAGGCCCCAGACCCAGCCGAUGAGGAGGUCAGCCACAUCACCAGCUCUGCCCGCAGUCCUUCGGCCUCGCCCACUGCCCGUGGGAUGGUGGGCGGCGAGCCAGAUCUGCACAGGCUCUACAGCGUGGACGCCCGGGGCUUCCUGGACCAGCCGGGCCGGGUGGACGAGCAGAGGCGACCCUCGGGGGAGCCGGGCGUCGGAGACAGCCGUCCAGAGGCCGGGGAGGCAAAGCCCCGGGCCCUGGAGGCCGAGCUGGCCCUGGGGGCACGCAGGAAGAAGAAGAUGAGCCCCCCCUGCAUCUCCAUAGAGCCCCCCGCGGAGGACGAGGGUGCGGCCAGGGCCCCUGCGGCGGAGGGCAGCAGCACCACCCUGCGGCGGCGAACCCCAUCCUGCGAGGCUGUGCCCCACAGAGACCCCCUGGAGCCCACAGACGGCGCAGGGCUGGACGCUGCUGCCAAGGGGGAGCGGCGGGGCCAGGCCCCCUGCCGCACAGAACACCUGACUGUCCCGAACUUCGCCUUUGAGCCGCUGGACGUGGGGGGCCCCAGUGGGGACCUGUUCACGGAUGGGGGCCAUGGGGCUGCCCCAGAACCCAGACCCUCCUCUUCAGGCACCACAGCCCCUCCUGAACCCCGGGAGACGGAGCCCCCAGUGCCCUCAGGAGACCCCCCAGAGGAGGGGCGGGGGGUGCACCUCACCGUCCCUGAGAGCCCUCCGAAGAGAGUGUCCCCCCCGGCUGUGCCAGUCCCGGGUGACAGCGUGGAUGAGCCCGUGUAGCCCGGGUGCAGUGCCCACAGGCUUUGGCACUGGGGUUGGGGUGCGCCCAGCAGUGUGGCGGCCAGGACAGGGCUGUGUGUGGAUCCUGGCUCGGGCCCCCCGAGGGCAGAGGAGCCAGAAGGAUGUCAGCACAGGGAGAGGGUGGCCCAUGCCGUUCUGGGCAUGUGGAGCAGCGGGAGCCCACAGCCCAAGGCCUCCGUCCUAUCGACUCAGGUUUGGGGCUUCCCAGUGUGCCGAGGUGGUCCCGGGCCGUGUUGGCGGCCUGCUCAGGAGUUCCAGGAACAAGGACCAGAAACUGAACAGGAGGAGGAAGGCAGAGGCCGCCCUACGGAGCCCGCCCAGCAGAGCCCCAUCUUCACGUCCACUUCUUUUUAUAGGGAACACGCCUGGGGCCGCUCGCGCCCUCUGGUGGCAGCUUCCUGCCAAAGGCCGCCGUGGCCACGCUUUUCCGUCACUCACAGUCUCGAGUUCUCAUCCGUGUCUCCACCACUCAUUGCUGUCUCAUCUCCCCUCCACACCCACUCCCCGCUGUUCCAACCCCUCAGGAUUCCAGAGAGCACCUUGACUCUGGUCUCUGGGAAAUGACCGGUCGCCAGGGAGUGGGGACCGUGCAAUAAGACCCCCACUGCCCGUGGGGCCUGGGUCAAGACUUUGAGCUGAUGGCCCCGUCGUUUCACUUUCUUUUAUAAAUUCAGGUUAAACGUUUGCAAUAAUCCGAUGCGGAAAACUCGGCUUCUCAAGUCAAGGGGAGGUGGGGGGGGGGGCUGCAAAGCAGAGCGGAAUAAAUAUUAACUUAUUUAAGAAA